GACAAACAAAGCAGUGAAGCUGGAACCAGUCUGGCUGUGGAUGUGAACUGGCUGACUGAAGUUGUCAAAGCCAUCAGGAAAGAGUACACGAUAGCUGGACAGUUUUGUCUAGCUGCAAACAUCCCGCUGCAGCACGACACCAACACACUUCAUGAAAUCCUCAGAGAAAACAGCUAUGAAGAAAAAGUGGAGACAGUCAUUGGGGAACAAAACUCUGAAAACAGUGAAGUUUAUGUAGGCAACAACAUGGUUAUAGCCAGGGUUUUAAAAUUUGAACACGCAGAACUUCGAGUUCUUGAAAAACUAGAACAAUUGAGCCAAAACAGGGCUGGAAACUUCCUGCUGCUCUACUCUUAUCUCUCCCCAUGUAGCACGUGUACAGAAAUAAUGUGUGAAAUGGGUAACAUCCAAGAACUGAUUAAAAGUUACAAAGACAGCGCCUUUGUGUUUACAAAAGUUUAUGACAAAUCAAAUUCUGAAACUCAGUCUGUUAUAUCCAAAGAGGAGUUGAGAAAUUCACUUCACGAACUCGCGUUUUUAAUGGGCCUCAAUAACAUAUUUCGUUGUGUUGGACAGUUUGGGUGUCACAGCUGCUUUCCAGAUAGCUACUUGGAGUUUUGUAUUGAUAACAACGUUGGGCCUCAACAGGCAGGAAACCAUAGAUGGGAAAGGAGACAGAGUGAGAGCAGCAGCGGAGAAAGAAGAUGGAGAAACAGGAGCAACAGUGGGAGCAGGCCCAACAGGAAAAACAUGGGUGGAGGCAGCAGCAGUAAGCGGAACAUGUACAGGAGUCGGAGUGAGAGCAGCAGCAGCAGCAGCAGAAACAGUAAAAAACCUGGAAAACCCAAAGGUGGAGGCAGGAGCAGCAGGAAGAGAAGCAAACAUAGUAACAAGAGAAGGAGCAGAGGAGGAAGUACAUGGGGAAGCAGGGGGAGGAGCAGCAGUAAAAACAGGGGUGGAGGCUCCAGGGGGAGCAGUAGCAGUAAAGGUUAGAGGAGUUAAAACAAACCAUCAUCCCUGAAGACAAACUUCCUUCACACUUUUAAAUGAUUUUUCCCCAAACAGCAUUUAAAUUCUACACUGUUCCA